AUGGCCGAUUUACUUGGGGCUCCUUCGCAGCAGAUUCAACGAAUGGGUGGUUGGAACACUGAUACUAUGUCAAACUCCUAUCUUGAUUCUCUUCCUCGCCAAUUCAUGCGCGUUAUGACCGGCUUUGAAAGCGAUGCUAGCUAUUACUUGCCUAGGGCUAUAGAGGAGCCAUGUGACAGAUUGAAGCAGUUGGUGUUUCCCUGGGUUGACUAUUGGUAUGAUCGACAUUCAAGCGGGACAGUUCAUGAAACUUCUGGUUCAGCCGACAAGUUUCUGCUUUUGAUUAAAUGCUUCAAGACGACUUUCUUACAAAACGCAGCUGUGAUGAUGGACGUAAUACCUGAACACCCUAUUUGGAGGCACGAAAUUUUCGGAAACCCACUCUUUCUAGAAUUUCAAAGAAAAGCAAAAGCUCACGUUGAAGAAAAUGAAGUGCCCCAUUCAUUAAUUAUUGAAAGAUUUGCGCCUGAAGUACAAGAGCAGCUUUCCAGCAUCAACCGAAGUAUAGCAAAUACAAUGCGAGAAUUGAAUGAACGUCAAAAGAAGUCGGAUAAAAUCCAGCAGCAAAUGCAAAAAGUGUUUGACAAUAUAGUCACCGGAAAGCAGCAACUGCAACUGUCUUUUAGAAUGGACCAAGGGAACCAAGCAGUAGCGACAACAGGCGCUGUCGCAAAUACCUCUGCCUUGCCAAGAUCAGAAGAUGUAUCGCAAUCAAAACAAUUUUCGGAAGAAGCCCAACAAAGCCCACCACCACCAGAUUACAACAACACCGCAGUUGCAACUAUUUCACUUCCAUACAAUCAAGAAGGUGUACCGUUAUACAAAAUGAGUCGACAAGUGACAACUGUGUGUAAUAUUUGGGAUGAGUGGACAAUAGGUCGAGAUGGAUUCUGGUCUGUUCAAGAAUUAGAAGACAAGUGGGGCGCUAAAUGGAGAAAAGACGACAGAAAAUGUUUCAAUAUCCAUAAAAAAAUCAUUGAUUCCGUUGAAGACCUUCAGCUGGAUCUUGGCCUCUCCCCCGCUUCUGCUGUAGGCGCCUUACAAAAGGUGCUCAACACUCGCCACUGGUCUUUGGAUCGCUUGGGCACCGAGCUCCAAAAAGGCGCUUUUUUUUCCUUGCGAAGAAACGAAAAGAAGAAAAUUACAACACUUCUAGUUGAGCCUCUUUUACCAUCAAUGGUUGCAUUUUCAUUAAUAAAUAUCUUUUUUUUUCCUGUGGAUUUUGUAAAAAUCGCUUAA